CCAGCUUGUAAUACCAGCAUAUUUAUUUUCUGAUAAAUGAUAGACGAGUAUCACGACGAUGAUAGCGUCUUGACAUUGCCCCCCAACAACUUUAAUUUUUUUAAAGCAAACUAAGGAGAAAUGUGACUUCCGCAUCCGUUCGAAGUUCGAUUUCGCGGGUCAGCUCGAAAAGAAAACAGCGUUAAAUUGUUUUUGUGGAAGGAUGUAAAUCAGCAAAGUAUUCUGUAAUUUCAUGACAAGCUUCUUCUCCAAAACGAAGCUAACGUUAAUAGUUUCAAAUAAAUAGUUUAACGGUCACGUAUUGACACGGCAGAGCGUUGUGGUCACUACAGUGCGACAUCCAGACAUGAGCAUGUCACUGCUUUCAACGGUCGAGCAAGCGAUCAAGUCGUGUAAAGCUGAACAAGCCAGGAUAAAUAGCACUAUUCAAAUCUACAGAGAAAUAUUACAGAGCAUAACUUCACAACCAAAGGUUGGCUAUGAGGAGUCAAACUCUGCUGACGAUGCUGACACAGAGACAGGUGGCUCACCGGGGGAGAGAGAAGAUUUAGAACUGCUUGAACGUGCCCUUGAAAAAGCCCUUCAGGUCCGCACUGGAGCAGGUCCUUCUGCAAAGGACUCAAACCAACGAACUGCACCUGAAAGGGAGCCAGGCGAUGUAGCUGUCACAUCUAAAGAGGGAAUGCAGGCAUCUGCAGCUUCUAGAGGAAAUCGGCCAACCACCAGACUGACCUCCAGAUCUGCCAGACUUGACAGAGAAAAGCACAAAAAGCCCACUACAUCAGCGUCUUCUACACUGAGCUCAAAAGCUAGUUACACUCCUGGAGGGUGCAAAACCACAGUUAAUGGAAACGCAGUCCAAAACUGUCUCGUCUCUUCAGCUGGACCUGUGCAAUCACAGCGGGCUGCGUCAGUUUCGGGUGGUGUUGAUCUGGGUCAGUUACACACCUCAGCCCUGCACUCUAAAAACAAGACUAUCAGAAGUAAUGUGUUGAGUGGGAGCGACCUUGGCAAAGCUGCAGUUAUUUCCACAGCUUCUUCAAAUAACAAAACGCCUGUUUCACAUACAGGACAGACUGGAGCUCACAGAGUACCUCAUCAGAACGGGAUAGCUUCUCAUCAAACAGCAAAAUGGAAAUCCCUAAAGAGAAAGCAAAACAGGUUGUGGGACAAAGUCGCUGCUUUACAAAGGAACCCUGUGCCUGGGAGGAGUCGCUUCACGGAGAGAGUGAGAUCUAUGUUCCCCAAGGAUUGGCCGUGUGGUAGCCCAGACCAGACUAGGGUUCUGGUUGGCAGACUGACUCAACAAGGGCGUGACCUCACCCAUUGCUGCCAGACAAAGGAGCUUCUGGCCCAGCAGACUCCAGAGGCUGCCACAGAGCUGGGUGGUGAGACACUUGAAGGGUUUCAGAUGACAGCAGCAGAGCUCCAGAACUUUGCAGUCCAAGUGAAAAAAGAGUGGGAAGCAUGGGAUCGAUGGAGGCCAGAGGGAGGUUGUCUUUGCCCCACUGUGAUAAAUGGAUUGUUGGGACAUGGGAUGAUUGGCCUGCCCCCGACUAUAACGUACUCGACGGAGGCAGAGCUCCGAGAGCUGGAGAACCUGAGGAUGAGGGUGGCACUGCUACAGCAGGAGAUGUACCUCGAGCAGGCUCUGUUGGACACUCUGGCUCCUCAGCUUUCGUCCGUAGUCAUCAGGCCUGAAUCUCUCAGCAUCAGCGUGCUGAGAGACGUGUACUCCCUGCUGGGUGAAGGAGGGCAGCGUUUCCCUGCUGUAGUCCUGGACUCUGAGCGUGACUGACUACAGAGUUUGUUACACUGAUGUACAAGUGUUACACUGAUGUCUGUGCACAAGUGAAAUAAAAUUUUAGAAAAACCUCUCAUUGCACACUGGUUGAAUCAUACCCCUCUGACACUGUCAAAAAAAACUCAAACACCACUAUGUCCACCAAGCAAGGGAUACUAACAGGACCGUUAUUUGGAUUGCCUUCAAGUAAGCAGGUGUACCUAAUAAGGUGGUAACUCAGUGUAUAGUCAUCCUUAAAUCAAGACAAUUGUGGUGUUUCUUAGUGUGCUGUGACUGUAUUUAUUCACUAUGAUGAUUCUGAAGGUGAAGUGUUGUAUUUAUAGUAUUUUUCACUGUCCUAUCAUGUAUCUCAUAAAGCAACUUUUUUUUUAAAUUAGAGAAAGGCCAUGUUUUGAGAAUUCCUCAGAUAACCCGGGAGGUUUAUUUAGCUUCAGAAGAAGGAAUGUUCUCAGCUGAUAAAGAAACGCUCGACCCUUGAGUUUAUUGGAAAUAUUCAAAAUCACUGUGAGUCAUGGUUUUCACUGGAAAGCAGUGAUUUUCAUAUGCAGACAUAGCACUUCAUUGCUAUUUGCAUAUUAAGAUUACAUAAAAUUUCUGUUGUAUAAUUA